ACGGCUUCGGCUCGUAUUUUUGCUCAUAUGGGUUCUGCAAGGGUCGGCUGCUAAUACAAAUACGAUAUAUCGUAGGUGCAGUGAGGUUGGAACUGUAGAAAACAGGAAAAUUGACGAGAACGUCACUUUCCACGCUUCGUACGUGCAUAACUAGUACCAGCGCUUCGUGUAAAGGUUGUCAUAAAUUGCGCGAAAUGUUAGCGUGUCGUCGACUACUCGCUCUUCGUUCUCAAACCACGCUCAUCUCGGCGUGCUCGCCGCACCAAGGUCAAUGUUACAGCACGACCAAGGCCCUUCAUAAAUCGCAGUCAAAGCAGAAGAUCGUGCUUACGGAUGAUGGCUCCACGAUUGUCUGCUGGCAUCCAGAAGAGGAGUUUCCCUAUGAGCAUACGCAGCCGCUGCCAAAUAUAAGGUCCAAGCUGAAUGAGGAAAGCUCUGCACUGAAGCUGCAGUACCGAUUGGAAAAUAUCGAGACACAUUACCGAAAUGAACGGUUGGAGAUUGAAGCUCUGACAAAAAUGACAUACACCACCAAGCACAGAUGGUAUCCGAACAACAACAAGAAGUAUAAGGAUCCCAAUCCGCCAGUUGAUAGAGAAGGGCUGUAAAUUUCAUGAGCAAAUAUACACCAAGGCCUUGCAGGUGCAAGGCCACUCCAUUUGAGCAAGUGUAUAGCCACAUUUAGUGUUAGUUUACAGAUAUUAUAUGCUUGAUAAUAAAGUGACAAUGAGAUCAUCA